UGAUCCUAGGAAGAUAUCCUAGCCGUUAUUUUGUUGCUUUGUACAGCUAUUCCUCGGUUAGAAUAGUGAGCUCAUGUAUAUAAGGGAAGGAGGAGAAGGGGCGCAGUUUGGUAACACACAAUACACAGAAUUACAGAAAGAAAGGAAACUGGUUCUGAUUGAACCAAGAAAACCAAAACCAGAGUCUUUGUUUUUCUACAUGGUAUCAGAGCAAGGUUGGAAGAUCUUGCGUAAAGGAAGAAAUACAAAGGCUCACACAACCAAAAACCUAGCAAAGCUUCAAGCUUUUUCGAAUUCAAAACUGAAAACAUGUCUGAAACAAACUCAAACACAAACACAAACCUUAACCCUUACAAAGAUCCUCUUUUUAUUGCUGUAAAUGAAAGUGCAGCAACACCUCUGGGAAGCAUUCUCCUUGAUGGAAACAAUUUUUUUAACUGGAACAGGAGCAUUAAGAUUGCUCUUGGUGCAAAGAACAAGCUUGCCUUUCUGGAAGGAAAGCACCCUAAGCCUUCUGAAGGACCAGAUGAAGUGCAGAAGUGGACUAGGUGUGACUAUAUGGUGAGGUCAUGGCUGUUGGCUACCAUGAAACCUGGUAUUGCAGGGAGCCUGGUGGGUAUGCCAUCAACCAAAAGGCUAUGGGAGGAAAUAGUUGAGAGAUAUGGACAGACAAAUGCCCCUCAACUGUAUCAGCUGAAGAAGGAUUUGUGGUUCCUAGAGCAGAACAAUCUGAGUGUAAGUGAGUAUUACUGCAAAUUGAAAGAUCUGUGGGAUCAAAUUGCAGAACUUGAGGACAUACCUGAAUGUUCAUGUGGAGCAUUAGCUAGAUGCAGUUGCAGCAUUGUGAAGAAACUACUGGAAAUGGAAUCCACAGACAAGUUGAUGAAAUUUCUCAUGGGACUAAACCCUGGUUAUGACCAAAUGAAAACCAAUUUUAUGGGUAUGGAUCCUCUCCUACCUGUGAACAAGGUUUACAACUUGGUGAUGCAGGUUGAAAAACAGAAGCAAAUCUCUGGUGAGCUUAGCCUUGGCCCUGAGACAAGUGCAUUGGCUGUGAACAGACAGGGCCAAAGCUUAGGACCAUUGCUGAGUUUUGACCAAAGGGAAUACAAGAGGAAGCAGAGGGAGAAAUGGGAGAAGGAAACAAAGACAUGUGACCAUUGUGGGAUGAAGGGCCACUUGAAGGAAGAAUGUUUCAAGUUGGUGGGAUAUCCAGACUGGUUCAAGAACAACCCUAAGGGAAAAGGAACUGGGAGACAAGCUGCAAAUGUUUCAAGGGAAGAAGAAAUGCUGACUGGAGACAAUCCCUUGGAUGUGCUAUCUCACCAAGCAGAAGGUACUGGUACUAAGCAUGAUAACAAUUUCAUUUCUUCUGUUGUACAGGAAGUUAUGAGAGCUCUGGGGGAGAAACAUAACACAGGAAGUACCAGCCAGAGCAACUUUGCAGGGCCUUUCCACUAAUGAGAGGAUGAUACUUGGGAAGAAUGAGCAUGACUUGUACAAGCUCAUCCUAGAAGAGAGGAAAUGUAAAGGAGAAGAAGUUGGGAAGAAAAAGGGAUGCAUGACAGCAGAAAGAAGGGAACAUAGAGACAUAAGAAGUUGUAAUAAAGUAGAAAAUCUUGACUUAAUUCAUGCUAGACUUGGUCAUGUAUCCAUUUCCAAGAUGAAACACUUAUCUUUUUGCAAAUGUGAUGAACUUAAGAGUUAUUUCUGUGACACUU